CCCAGGUAUACUGUACCUAGUACUAGGUAUCGUUAGUCGUGCCAUCAAAGCAGAUAACGUCAGUUACAGUAAUGGUAGAAUCACAACCAAUUCCAACUCCAGAGUCAACUUCCCACCAUGUCUCUACCGAGGGUACGAAUACAAACGCACAUAGCGCGCCAUAAUCUAUCACCAGCAUACUUAUACGACUCUCUCACAACUCCAUGUACCUUUACCCAGCCGGUCCGAAGACGAUUCCUAAGCACAACUCCAAAAUCCAAUGCGACGGUCUCAGCAAACUCGACAUCUGCUCCGGCUCAGAAACCAAGACGCAAACCUCUCACAAAAGAGCAACGUGAUUUUCUCUCAUCAGCUCUCCGUGUGAACCAAGCAGGUGAAUUAGCUGCGACCCUGAUCUAUACCGCCCAGACGCCACCUCUUAUAAAUGCGCACCCACACCUCCGGCCUUUAAUGGCCCACAUGUACGCUCAAGAAGAAGGCCACUUCGACACCUUCAAUUCCCUCAUAGCCAAACACCGCGUCCGCCCGACAGCGCUCUACCCGCUCUGGUCCGUCCUGGCGACAGGCUUGGGCUGGUCGACCGCUGUCAUGGGGCGCGAGGCCGCAAUGGCUUGUACGGAGGCCGUAGAGACUGAGAUUGGUGGUCACUACAACAAUCAGAUACGGACGCUGCUAGAGAUGUUCGAUCAAUGGGAAGCAGAAGGCUACGAAGUUGGUGAGGAACUCCAGAGUCUUGUGAAAACUUUGCGGCGCAUACGAGACGAAGAGCUAGAGCACUUAGACCACGCUGUCGAUAAUGACGCGAAGAAGGCCGAGCCUCACUGGCUAUUAACCGGUGUCAUACGACUAGGGUGUAGGGGUGCGAUUUGGGUCAGUGAGAAGGUAUAAGAUUGCUUUCUCGAAGAAUGAAAUCUCGAUUGGCCCACCCAUAACUUUGAUGCCAAUGGCAGCAAGCAGAUGUUCGGGGGGUUAUAACCCGAGUACUCGGUGAGUUCACUAUGUACUGGACGACGGGACAAUACCCCAUCGAGAGCUUACCUGCUCCCGAAGAGCCUACAAUGUUAUUCCCAGGCGUCUAGACUUACGAGUCUUACGCUGGUCUCAUAAUCCUGGAUGACAUAUGCUCUAUGCUCAUCGUGGUAUGACUGGGCCACGCAUAAAUAUACCGCUAAUACAUGAUCC